AUGUCUGUCGCCGCCGUCGACACUCUGUGGGCUCCUGGUUUCAUAGGUUAUAUGGUAUCCUUGAGCUUGUAUGGAGUCACACUCGGGCAGACAUAUUAUUAUUUUCGUACGUUUCCGCGCGACAUGCUCUCCUUGAAGUUCUUGCGUGGCAGACACAUUGCACGUGUAUUGGAUCUCCACGUCCUUUUGGAUAUUACUCGUCAAAGCGAGGACCGAUGCGUCGUUAAUCGAUUUGCUUCCUUGGCUUCCACGCUUAUGACUAUGUUUAACGCAUUCAGGCUUUGGCGAUUUAGCGGAAGAAAUACGAUAUUAACGGGGGCAAUUUAUGAGUUAUGGUUGAAUACGUUGAAUGUCCCUGAUUCGGACUUGCUCCAGCGUCAGGAAUAG